AUGUCGCUCAUCGUUCUUCACCGGAUCAUCAAGGCUGCAGACCAAUUUGCUUUUCCGCAUGGUAUCGAAUUUUGGUAUAUGCUCUUGGACACGAACUCAUCCUUAUAUGAGCUUGCUCCUUCUGGGCCUGACGCGUCAUCAUAUCGCUUAGCGGGUGCACUUAAACCCUUGCCUGUGUGGUGUUACGUCAAUUUCGACCAAAUGCGUCGAGAUGUUGAGCUCAAAAGCGCGGAGCAAGCUCUUCUGAUCCGCUUUCUUGCAAUGUUCAGCCGGCCUUAUUGGCAUACCCUUGGUGACUCUCCAGAUGUUGUGCGUGCUGCAAGAAAGAAACUCAUAUAUCACGACGAAUUCGAUCCGGAAAACCUCGAUCAUGUGUUCGCCAUCUUCGCAAACCGUAUCGUGCUAGAACUGAGUGAUAGGAAGCAAUCGAGCCAAAUCGCUGUACAUGCCAUACACAGUCACAUGCGCCUCCUCACCGAUGUUUCGGAUGGAUUCAUCGUGACCAACGUGCCUUCGGAACCGAUGCUUGCCGUCGCUGCGGCAGAUAUCUUGAAUGGAAACUGGCUCUUAUUCAUCCUCACGCGCGACAAGGUGACACUUCGGAACGGAGGAUCGUUCGUCGAUUGCUCAGAACCUGCUCGACACGGUGUGCGCCCUUUGAAACUGUCAGACUUCCUUACAACCUUGCUUGGCGACGACCUCGGCGUCAAGGAUCAGGACAAGGCUGAUCAGGUCCAGGAUCUUCUUUCUGACGUAGGGAAUGUCUGGAUGAACUUUACUCACUGGACUCAAACCGAUAUCGAUGAAGAAAUCAGCAUCAUCACUCCCGAGUGGCUUUUUGAGCUGUGGUGCCGAGGUGUCGCCGUACAGUGCACCCAUGGUCAGUCGGUAUUCGAUUCGCUGGUCGUCACAUACCGCGGAGACCUCACCCAGCCUUUCGUCAAGAGGUUUCUCGGAUACAUCGUCAUUCACACGAAGGCGCGAAUGGAAGCGUCUGCACUGGAGCCAGCCGCUGGGCUGGCAGGCCCUGUGAUCGAGACCACUGACGAAUCAGGCCAGCCUGUGCGAUAUAAACCCGCCAGCUACAUCGCACUUUUCAUGGACUUUACUGCCGAUAGCACAUACUCUGGCGGGUCUCGCACUGAUAUCCAAUUUGGGAUCCCUAAGAAAUCUUCCGAGGGGAAAUACAGCAGCUGGAUAGGGUAUCUUCAGGACUCCGCGGAGGAAAAACGAUACUGUCUGAACGUUCGGGGGAACGAUAAUCAGAGUUAUCCAGUGAUUACCAAGGAUAUCAAGACUCAGUUUGGUCUGCUUUUCGCGCACACGAUUUCCACGCAUGGGCACUUUACAAAGGCUGCGUGCGCCAUGGAAUCGGCUAUCAACCCUAUAUCAUCAAGACUAUUGGAAACCCUGGUCGACCCGUACCGUUGA